CCCUCACAUCUUGCUAGGGACUGAGAGUGUGCUGUGCCUUUAAAUCUUCUGCUGGCCACUCCUCCCUGGCUCCUCAGCACGGCAGUUUAUUUCUCUCAGUCUUAGUGUAGGGACGUGAGUAUAGUUUCUCUCACCUCAGUGAGACUUUUUUUGCCUUUUACUAGUAUUUUCCUUUCUGUGCUGUAAAUAGUGUAUAGUCUAAUAGUGUAUAUAGUUGAUAAUUUACUGUUUAGUUAUUAGCGUGGGAGCGUUUUUUCUCCAGAGAGGCUGCUGCGGUGGCAGCAGGCCCCUGGCUGCUGCCGUGGGCGCCGUUUCUAAUUAACUUGGACGCCCCGGCUUCUUUCAGCAGCGAUCUGAGCCUCCCUCGUUUGGAGCUCUGGACAGCCCUCGCGCUGUUUUUCCUUGCCGCCGGCGCGCGUUUGGGGCCGCUGGUCAGCUGGUCGUCCCGGCGCCGCCAUUUUCGCUCCCAAAUUAGUUGGCGGUUGCAGAGUACCUGCUCGGGGGCCCUGAGUACAGACUCUGCCUUAUCAUUUGCCUCGCGACGCUCAGGGGGCGGAAGCCUCUCGCGCCUUACAUCUGGAAGAUUUUGGCUGACUGUUGGAAGGUGAUCGGAUCCCUUACAGCUGCUGAUCUUUAGAGUUAAUUUUGUUUCUGUGAAUAUCUGCGGUGACUCAUUGGCGAGGCUGCGCUUUCAGGGGCGUUUGUUUCCUGGCGCUUAUUGAAUUUCCUCAACUGAAGGCUGCGUUGGAGAUUGUCCUUGGAGACUCCUGGUAGUCUUUAACCGUCAUGGCCGACCAGGAAUUUUCAUCUGACCCUGAACAGGCUCCCGUUCCUCCCAGGCCUAAGAAGGCCUCAAAAAAGAGGCCUGCUGCACAAGCUUCAGCCUCUUCAGCCAGUCAGCCCUUAUCUAUUACAGCCAGGGAGGAACAGAGGAGACACAACGCUCUAGAGAAACAAUUUUCCAGGGCCCAAAAACAGGCAUAACUCAUAGGGGAGGUGGUUCUGGAGCCUCCCCCUCCUCAACCGGAUCCAUUGGGCUCAGAGACGACCCAGCUGGCAUCACAAGAUAUGCCUUCUGAUUUACCUCAGGCACCCAUGUUGUCUGAUAGGCCGGGACCUUCAGCGUCAUUUACACCCAUGGCGGCUGGUCUCAGGCCUCAGGAGGCUUUAGGUUGGCCACCACAUUUAGACUUUCAAGCCUUAUUCACAGAUGCACUGGCUAAGGCAAUCACCUCAGGCCUUCAACAAGGGGGACAGCCCCAGUUUGGGUAUCAUACCUGUCAGAUGCCAGCUCCUUCCAGGCCGGCUUGUGGGCAUCAUCCUACUACGCAUCCUCCCCCUCCCCCCCCCUCCCCCUCCUCCCCUGCCGGCCCAGGCGAUCCAACCUUCCUUGGGGGCUCCAAGUGAGGUAUCAUACUCAACUGAGGGAGAACAGGUUGAGCCAGAGUUCUCAGAUGAUGAGGAAGUGACCCCUGAGAGACCGGCCUUUGCCACCUUGUUCAGGCCAGCUGUCUUUAAGACUUUACUCAGAAAGGCUAAAGCAGCUACAAACAUGGGUACCAUCGUCAACCCUAACCUUCAGGGUUCUUCUGAUACACAACCGCAUGGCGAGCUUUUCGCUGUUCCUGCUCCUGAUCAUGACUAUAUCCCGUGCCCUGAUUUAUUUAAAGAGGUCAUUAAAAGACAGUGGGAAUCGCCCGGGGUUCUGUCGGCUCCCAGCGGGCACGAUAAAAAGCUGUAUUGUGCUGACCCAGCUCUGGAGGCCCUUCUCAACCUUCCAUCAGUAGAUCCUCCUGUUGUGAGUCUAUCCUCUUCGGCUGUCUUAUCAUCUGACGCUGUGGAGGUGUUGAAAGCUGAUGAACGUAAGACGGAGGUUUCCUUCCGUAAAAUGCACCAAGCCGCAGCCUGGGCGGUGAAAGCUGCAACAUCUGCCUCCUUCUUUAACAGAGCCACCUUAAUAUGGCUUCGGCAGUUGCAGGAGAGGUUGCCACCGGGGGACACCAGAAUUGCCCAGGAUUUCAACAAAUUGGUGGCCGCUACAGAAUAUUCAGCGGAUGCAUCCUUGGAUGCGGCCCGGUUUGCAGCCAGGGCCAUGGCUUCUUCCAUCUCCUCACGUAGACUUCUGUGGCUUAAACCCUGGAAGGCUGACUCCAAAUCAAAGUGGAGAUUAGCAUCUGCCCCUUACCACGGGUCCUCUUUAUUUGGGGAAGCAUUGGAUCCAAUUUUAAUAGAAGGGAAAGAUAAACGUAAGGUCUUGCCUGUUUCUUACAGUAGGCAAGAGCGCAGGUUCACACCUUAUAGUCAAAGGCAGCCCUUUCGGGCAGAGUCAGGGCCCAGGGGGUCCUAUUAUGGUCGACAGUAUUCACAAGGAUAUUCACAAGGAUCCGACCGCUUUGCAGGAAGGCAGGGCAAUAGUGACAGAGGGAGGUUCCAAUCCUCUUCCAGACGACCCUUUAAGGGAGCCGGAGCCGGACCCCGUUCUUCCAGAAGGGGAAAAUGACUCCUUCGAACCUUUCCCAAUUGGGGGGCGGCUUCUUCACUUUCUACCCCAAUGGGAGAUCUCCACUUCCGACCCUUGGGUUCAUCGUACUGUGGGGGUAGGAUUGACUCUGGAAUUUUGGACCCUUCCCAAACGUGUUUUUGUUCGUUCCCCAGUGCCCCGACGUCGAGACAAACUGAACAAUCUCAACUCAGAAAUCCAGCACCUUCUUCGGAUUGGAGCAAUAGAGGAAGUUCCUCUAUCGCAACGGGGGAAGGGAGUUUAUUCUCUCCUGUUUUUGGUUCCCAAGGCCUCG